AUGGGGCUUUGGCAGCGGGAUUUUCGGUGUGACUCGAUCUCGACGGUGCUUGCUCGUCUGUACUCGGUUGAGGGCCUGCUGGUGUACUCCCAUGGCGGCUGCUGCCUUGCGGACAUCCAUUUGUCUAGCCACUUUGCUCUGUUUUCGAUGUCGGAGUCCAGCAACAGGAAAAGUUUGGGCAAAAACUCGUAUAAAAUAAAAUGUACCUGCUGCGAGAAAGCGAAAGGCAACGACUUCUCUCGCACCAAUGCAGCUUCAUUUCUAGCUUUUAAAAUCGCUUCAAGCUCCUCCAGCGUGCGAGGGCAAUCCCUCCAAUCAUCCGUAACACAACUUCCAUCUCUCGACUGUCAAUACCACAAACUCCAUCAUAAAUCACAAUCCAAAAAAUUGAACAGCCUUCUUAGUAAUAGUAUAAAAGAAGAAGAAGAAGAAGAAGAAGAAGAAAGAAGAUAUUUUUACUCUUGA